AUGGAUCCGCCAUCCACUCGAACACAUGAAAGCCCCGAAUCAACUGUUUUUACCGAAGGACCGACGACAGAGGUCACGACUAUAUACCACGAGGUUGACUGCCAAAAAACUCCUUAUACAACUAUUCAGAAUGGACGAUGGAAGGAAGCUGAAGAGCUCGAGGUGCAGGUCAUGGAUACCCGCAAGCGGGUGCUUGGGCCAGAGCAUCCUGAUACUCUGACCAGUAUGAAAAACCUAGCAUUGACCUACUGGACCCAGAGACGAUGGAAGGAAGCCGAAGAGCUCGAGGUGCAGGUCAUGGAAACCAGCAAGCGGGUGCUUGUGCCCGAGCAUCCUGAUACUCUGAGCAGUAGACAUGUUCAUUGGGUUGGGUAA